AUGCCCCAGUCCGAGAAAGACUCCAAAUCCGACGACGCGAAGACCAAUAAUCUCAAGACCGACGAUUCCACGAGCGCCAACUCGAAUACAGAUGACUCCAAGGCGUUGAGAGGUGGAGCCACCGACUGUGGCAACAACAACAUUGGGUCGGGUAAAUGGCAGCUCUACAACAACCCAUGGGGAGCAGCCUAUGGCAAUGGAAGAUCGUGUACUUCGGUGAGCUAUGUCAAUGGCAAUGACAUUGGCUUCAGUACAGCUUGGACUUGGGAUCGCGGUACUGGCCAAGUGAAGUCUUAUCCCAACGCCAAACAGUUUCACAAUAAUGUCAGCAUCCGCAACCUUCGUUCUCUUGCGACUUCUGUAGACUGGAACCUGGGCUGCAACGAGCGUACCCCCGGUGCCAGUAUUGUCUACGACAUCUUCCUCAACUCCGGCGGCCGAAGGGUCGAAGUCAUGGUGUGGCUCGGUGCACCAAGUGCGCACCCCAUCGCGGGUAGCUACAACGGAGGCAAGCCCGUACCGACACUCAGCGGCGUCCGAGUGCGUGGAGACGGUUAUACGUACGACUUGUUCAUUGGACCUGGACCUGGAGUAGAUGUAUACUCUUUCGUGAUCUCGGGUACCUUGCAGGAGAAUGGUGGACGUUGGACAAAGCAGUACUCAAGCAAUCUCGCCAAUAUUCUGAAGUUCCUGACUACGGACCGCAGACUGGGCAGAAAGCGUCUCAGUGUGCAGACCACACUCGAAUCUUCUCAAUUCGGUAUCGAAACGACUGUAGGAACGAACUGCAAGUUCACGGUCAACAAGUUGUCGAUUGCACAGGGUUGA